ACGUUUUGAGGUGUCCGGGAGUUGGCGGGGGGCAAAAACCAGAUCGGCAAAACGUUGCUGGCACCAGGCGUGGGGGUGGGUCACGCCCCCUCCGUGGACGCCUUCUGGAAAAUGCCCCACAAAGAGGAUCCGGACCACUGCAACGCUGCGGCGGCGGCGAUGGCGCAGAGCAGCGCGCUGUUCGGGUGCUCGGCGGCCGGGCACAGCGGGAUCAACCAGCUGGGCGGCGUCUACGUCAACGGGCGGCCGCUCCCCGACUCCACCAGGCAGAAGAUCGUCGAGCUCGCCCACUCCGGGGCCCGCCCCUGCGACAUCUCCCGCAUCCUCCAGGUCUCCAAUGGCUGUGUCUCCAAAAUCCUCGGAAGGUAUUAUGAAACAGGGUCAAUAAAGCCUCGUGCAAUUGGCGGCUCAAAACCUAGGGUUGCAACGAACGGCGUAGUUUCCAAAAUCGCCGAGUACAAAAGGGAAUGUCCCUCUAUUUUCGCCUGGGAAAUCCGCGACCGGCUGCUUUCUGAAGGCGUCUGCACCAACGACAACAUUCCUAGCGUUUCAUCAAUCAACCGAGUUCUUCGGAAUUUGGCGGCGCAGAAGGAACAGCAAGUGUCAGCGCAAAGCGAAUCAGUAUACGACAAACUGAGGAUGUUCAACGGGCAGCCCCCAGGGUGGGCCUGGUACCCCGGCUCAACCCCCACCCCCGCUCACCUCCCCUUGCCUCCCACCUCCCUCACCGGACACUCCGCCAGGGACGAAGCUCAGAAGAGGGCUUCUUUUCUGUUGGCAGCGACGGAGCUGGCGCACGAGAGUACGUCAGACGGCAACUCGGAGCACAAUUCCUCGGCCGACGAAGACUCCCAAUUGAGACUCCGACUCAAGAGGAAACUCCAGAGGAAUCGCACUUCAUUCACCAACGAACAAAUAGACAGUCUUGAAAAAGAAUUUGAAAGAACUCACUAUCCCGAUGUCUUUGCCCGGGAACGGUUAGCAGAAAAAAUUGGACUGCCCGAAGCUAGGAUACAGGUAUGGUUUAGCAACAGGAGAGCGAAAUGGCGGAGAGAGGAGAAGCUGAGGAACCAACGACGCGGUGGCUCGGUGGUUGACCCCUCGCCGACCCCCGCCUCGACGAGCCCCCCCGCUCCCUCUAGUCGUCUUCCCCUAAACACCGGUUUCAACUCCAUGUACUCGUCGAUACCCCAACCCAUGGCCACCAUGGCCGAAACCUACAGCUCUAUGACAGGGAGUCUGAGCAUGAGCGGGAGCUGUUUGCAGCAGGCGGCGCGCGACCACCACAGCUACCCGUACAUGUUCCACGACCCGCUCCACUCGCUGAGCUCCUCCUAUGGGCACUCGCGCGCGAUCGGGCACUCGCAGAGCGGAGUCAACGCCCACUCGCCUUACUCCACAGCCGCGCCUGUCAACAGCACGCCUGGAACCGGCACCGGUGUGAUUUCGGCCGGCGUGUCGGUACCGGUGCAGAUCCCGAGCCAAAGCGACCACCACGCCAGUUUGGCCUCCAACUACAGCCACUGGUCGCGGCUCCAGUGAUCGCAGCUUUUUGGGUUUCCUGCCUCCUUCGCCCAGCACAGCAAAUUCGCCCCCACCCCCGCCCACCUUCCUAUCACCGCAUCCGCCUCCUCCACCCCCUCGCCGCAGCCCUCCAAGGAAACCCAAAACUUCGGUUCGCAAGGUGUACAAUAAAAUUCGUAAAUAUGUAAGUCGUUUUGAUCUCAAGCCUAAUUAGCACUUUCAGACCCCCCCCCCUCCUCAGGACGUAAUUUGAGAAUACAGCGUUGGCAGCUCGAAAAAUUAUUAGUCAACGCUACAAACGUCGAUAUUCCACCGUUUUCGAACAUAUAGACUGCUAUUGUAUUUAAACGGGACUAUUGAUGUCAUGUUUGACAGAGAUGCGCUUAAAAAUCGAGACUUAAUUCUGCAAGAAGGGAAUACCAUUUAGACUAUAUUUUUCAGUUCAUGUCAUUCGUUUUUUGCCUCAUUUUAGAAACGACGUAUGUGCCAUUAAUUUUCCCGUACAAAUAGGCGUUUUUACAGAAAGGUGGCAGUCCAUGUGGACUUUAUUUUCCGAUAAAAAAGUAUGAUUACUGUCUCGUCUACAGAGGCGCCCAUCUCCAUAGGGAAACAUACACACACAUUACGUUUUUCCCGACAAGAGGCAGAAAAAGUGAUUCCUCAUAUCAAAAUGAAGUCCAUUUGGUGCAUCAAUUCAAGCAACUAUCUGUAGAAGAGGACAAAUGACACAUACAAUAUUUUAAUAUUUACAUUUCAAUUGAUGAAAAAAAAAAAAAUCCAAACUUUGAUGUGCCAAAAUGUAAACGAGUCAGCUAUAACUAGUCACUUCUCAGAUUAAGUCAUCGCUCCCCCUCCCCUUCCCACUAUCUUUACUUAUUGAACUUGUGAAUGGAAGUAUCCCAUGUUUUGCUUGAAGCCUGCUCAAUACUUUUAGUCAGCAUUUUGUCUUGCCGAUCUCUUGGGUAACUAAAUUAGUUUACAGUAUAGGAGGAUAUCAUAAGUAUCAGUCCAUCAGGAUCAUUGGUAUCAAUUAUAUUAUGGCGGAUAAUCAUUUUUAGACGGUGAUAAUGGAAUGGAAAGACAACAGCUAUUUUACUGUAGCGCACCUGUCUAAAAAAAAAGUUAAUAAAAUUAAUUAGUUGUUUCUGAACUUGUGUUUAAAAUGGUGCUUUCGUUCAGUUUCAAACGGAAUCGUCAAUAUUGAGGAUUCAUAAAAUUUUAAAUUUUUCAGCUUAUUCAAGUAAUGUUUGCGAAAUGCUUAAUUCCUGACAAUUUUUAAUUUAUGACACUUUUCUGCAUAGUAAAAAUAAAAUUAAUCAUUGAUACAAAUUAAUCUGCUGUAUUGAAACUGUAUGGUUGGGAAACGCAAUCAUAUGAGAUCAUUACCAGCCAUAUUCUUUUGCCGGACGCAUUUUAUGCGAGACAUGAAUUUUUAAUGUCAUUGUUAAGCUUGAUUCAAAAUAGCGACUUAGAAAAAAAAGUCUUGAUCCUUAUGUUCGCCAAGCAUUUUUGAAAUAAUAUAUUUUUGCCAAUUUUAAUAGCGCACCUUCUUUUUUUAGAAUUUUUUCGGUAUCAGGGUAAUGUACAAAUAAGACAGAAAAUAGAGCUUUCAGACCCUCUAACAGCCAUAGGCUCAACUUUUGCUCACCAUUCGGGCUUCAACUAAAAUCCGAGGGUGCAAUAAAUUUUUCUAAUGUUCUCCGCAUUUACGAUUCAGCCCUAGUUGCUUUCAACUUUCUUUAGGCUAUAGUUUUUGAAUGAAGACCGCACAAGCGUUAUGCAAUGCAGAAUUAAUGUCCACAAAAAUUUAACAAAUAGCUCAAGUAUAGUGACAUUAUGAAAACCUCCCGGAAAACAAUGAUACAACUUAUAAAAAUAUUUAAGUAGUAUAUCUGGUAACUUGGAUUUUUUUGGUGCUCAUACCACCAUUCGCAAAGGAUCCCUGUCUUUCUGAAUCAUCGCACCCAACUCUUAAACCAAAAGAGUUUCUUUAAGCAAAAAACUUGUGAUGUAAUGUAUAGAUUUUUGCAUUGUAAGAUUGUAAAUAUUGUAUUGUAGUUAUAUCAAAUACGGUAAUAUAAUUGUGUUACAAACUUCCCUUUACUAAGCUUUCUCCUUUCCGUUGCAUCGAGGUUACAAUGAACUUAAAGCCAUUUAAACUACGAUGUAUUGCUAGAAAAUUUCAAUGACAUCAUUGUAACCCUCAAAGGCACCCCCUUCAAAUUUGCAAAAUGUACUGUAAUUUUCCUUAAUAUGUGAUUACAAAAACGAUUUUGAACUUGACGUGUUCAAGUUACGGGGUCGCCAGAGGUAAUCGUUUUGGAAACAAUUAAGAUAAUUUGACGAUGUUCGUCGAAAAAAUUUCAAAAAACCAUUUUUCAAAGAUCAGAAGAGUUGCCACUAGGGACGAAAAAUUUCAAUUUGAGCUUAAUCAAGAGUUUUGAAAAAUUUUGCUCAAUAAGUACUUAUUCCCUCUAAAUGUGUGUAAUAAAGUAAUUUGGUCCUACAAGUAAAAAAAGAGAAUUUUCCUGGUGGAAAUUCACGCUCUACUCUUGGACGGAAACAUAUUUUUAAACUAUACAUAUGUACCUACUUUAAAUGACCCGGUUAAGUGAAUUAUAACGUUACAGGAUUCACAGCGGCGCGGCGUCCUUGGCGCUACAUAAACUGAUCUGCUGUUUAAACCUAUGGUAAAGGAUUGAUAAACAGGUUUUCCGCAACAAACACCUUAAUAAUCUAUUCUUUACCAGCCACAGCUUCAAAUGGGGAAGGUUGAUGAUCGAUCAUUCACGCCUCGCCACUGAGGAUUGAAUUCAUUAAGUGCUCCCUGUGAAUUAUGUUCUUUCAGCUAAUUGUAAGUUCCAUCCCACAAACGGAUAUUAGUUGUCCCGGUAGUACCACCGUUGCAUGGGCAAUAAAAGGCAAUUUUAGUCCUCAAAUCUUUCUCCAAUAGUUUUUCUCCCCCUUGAAUAUGCAUUUAAUUGAGGAACUGAGUAAUAUCAGUUCACAAAAUUUGUUCUAAUUUCGAAUCCGACGGAUGGUAAAUCUGUGACGUAUACCAGUGUUUAAUUUGCAAUCUCAUCUUAUGUAUAUUAUUGUAGGUUUCUGAUGUAAAAUUUUUGUCUAGUAUAUACAUUGACGCAUAAUGUGAAAAAAGUCUUGUUUAGGAUAAACAAAUUCAAUAUUAUUAAGCAUGUUAUAUUAUUUUGUAACUAUGGAUGAAAUAAAGUGUUUUUUUCUUUCA